AUGGCCGAAGAAGGUUUCAACCUAUUCAAGACCAAACGUGCGGCACGCCAGGAGGCGUGGCAUGGUCCAGGCAGUGGGUGGAAUCCAUUUGCAAAGACCACUCAGAGAAGUAGUUCAUUUCCAGCCCAGGUCAGGGACGACGACUCAGUCAGUGGGCGGGUGCCAAAAGUUAUCGAUGCUGUGGCUAAGCCCAGGAUUGAACGUAUCGAGUGGGAGGAAUGUCGCAAAAGUAUACUACAGGAUACAAAUGAUUUCAACCACAAUAAUAGUAUACUGCAAAAUGUGGAAGAGCUCUACUGGGAUCCCAUAGGAGAGCUAUCAAACUUUGGAGCUGGGGAGCUUUCGGUAUCGACAAACUUCUCUGUCAAUACUCGUACCGAGUCUCGUGAAGAAGUGUUACCCAUUGAUAUGCAUGUUCUGGAAGUCGAUCGUGAGGGCAAAAAUUUCAAGGUUAUACUCAAGGACACAGAGGUAUUAUCGGAGUAUCUAAAGCGAAUUCCAACCAAACAAUCCGAAGCGCAUUUUUACUUCUUGCGGGACGUAUCGAUCCAUGCAUCGCCAAUAGUCAGCCGAUUGUUGGGCUGCAGUAUCGAUGUUUUUCGAGACCACUUGAAGCGUGCCAGCGAUGAUGUCGCGUUUUUACUUCCGAGUAGAAGCUACAUCCAGGAUCAUGUGGUCAUACCCUAUCAACGUUGCUAUAGACGCAGCUCUGCUAAAUCUAUCUGCGAAGUCCAAAACAAAAGGAGUACAUUUUGUCAUGGCAAUUUGGUUUCUUCGGAGGAACACGUCACAGUAUGGACGUCACGAAGUAGCCAAGAGUCUUCCAGAAGUAGCCGAGAGCCUUCCAGAACUUUGAUCAUCUGCGAUGGGAAUCCCAAGCAAUCCGGUGAUCACUUUGAUAUUUCUCUGACCAUGCGUUCAAGACUCGAAAAUCAAGUUCAAGAAAGACAACUACAUUAUAGCCGAGGCGACCUAAAAUUCAUAAAAACAAGCGUGUCUUUGAUAGCAUUAUGGCUUGCUAGCAAUGAAUGGCAAGCCGUCAUCCGCUCACAGGAAGCAUAUAUGCUUCCAGGCCUCAAUACCUCGCCACCACUGAACUCUAGUUGGCUUACUGAACAAUACAAGGAAACAUUGAAAGACUAUCAAUUCCUUGAAAAUAAAGUCAUGAUCCAAAUGAAGCAAAACAGUGCCAGUAUACCACUACUCACAGCAAUGAUAGCUGUUGAGGAUAGUAGAAAGGCAAUACAGCAAGCCAACGAUGUGAAGGCUUUGACAGUCCUUGCGACGGUGUACAUUCCAUUAUCAUUCGUUGCCGGCGUUUUUGGUAUGAAUGUAUCGGAACUCAAUUCUGGAAUUGAUGUCGAUAUUUGGCUAUACUUUGCUAUCAGCAUACAGGUUACGAUAGCAUCAAUGGUUCUAGUAUGGAAAUGGGAAUGGUUGACAAGAAAAGUUAGGAACUUUCGAAUCAGACCUAAUAAUAAUCCCAGCCCGAGAAAAACUGUUUCAGGAGCUCUUUUCUCCAUGGGUAGAAUGACGGCCGGGAUUGGAAAACCGAGAGAUGUUCAAAUUGGCCAUGAUUUGGAGAAAUGA